AUGUCAACAGACACAGACGUCAAAGUGACAGACGCCACAGGGCCACAGGAGUCGGAGUCUGAGCAAAAUGCCGCAUCCAGCCUUUCACUGCGCGCAGUAAAUCCAGUGAAUAUCAAAGUCUGCGAUGUAUCACUCCAAAUCAACACCACCCCGCCAAUAUGGGAAUCCCCACAGAUAUGGCAACGCAUGCGCGGCCAAAAGCAGCCAGAAACAAGCAAGACAGUCCUCCAUGGAAUCUCGGCUUCCAUGUCCAGCGGAAGUCUGACCGCGAUAAUCGGCAGUAGUGGUUCAGGGAAAACCUCCCUACUCAACCUCAUGGCGCACCGAAUGAACCUGUCUCGGGCCCACGUCUCUGGGACAACAACAUUCAACAGCGACCCCGACAUCGCGCAUAUCCAAAGCGCAUAUAUAAUGCAAGAAGACGUUCUCAUCCCAACUCUCACAGUCCGGGAAACACUUCGCCACUCCGCGGAUCUCCGCCUUCCACCCCCAACCACCCAGUCCGAGCGCCAUGCGAUCGUAGAGCAAGUGAUUCUCGAAUUGGGCUUGAAAGAGUGCGCCGAGACCCGGAUCGGGAAUCAUGUCCACAAAGGCUGCAGUGGUGGGGAGAAAAGACGAACCAGUAUCGGCGUGCAGCUUCUGGCUAAUCCAUCUGUGUUGUUCUGCGAUGAGCCUACAACUGGAUUGGACGCGACUAGUGCAUUUCAAAUUGUGCGCACUUUGAAAACUCUUGCGAUGCAUGGGAGGACCGUUGUGGUCUCCAUUCAUGCGCCACGCUCGGAGAUCUGGAGUCUAUUUGAUAAUGUUGUGUUACUUGCGAAGGGAUCGGCCUUGUAUAGUGGCGCGCUUCCGGGGUCGCUGUGUCACUUUGAGGAAUGUGGGCACGUGCUUCCGACGUUUGUCAACCCUGCGGAGUUUUUGAUAGAUCUUGCUGCAAUUGAUAAUCGGACGGAAGAGCUUGAGGUCGCUUCAAAGGCCAGAGUGCAGCGAUUGACGGAGGCGUGGAAAUCCAAGGCAGAUGUGAUUUUGCUGAACAGGGAGAAUGGAGAAAAGGAGGCAUCACGAACUCAACUGGAGACUGAACUAGAUGGCCCUGAACAUGGAAGCGUCAAAAAGGUUUCGUUCAGUCGACAGUUUCGCGUUCUGACAUCUCGCACCUUCUCCACUACCAUUCGCGAUCCGAUGGGCGUUGCUGGCAGUCUUGUCUCGGCCAUUGGAAUGGCUGUCAUCAACGGAUGGAUCUUCUUGCAGCUCGGUGAAGACGAGGCAGGGAUCCGCUCGCGUCAAGGGAGUCUAUAUACAGCCUCCAGCUUGAAUGGCUACCUGAUUCUGCUAUACGAGACAUAUCGUCUGACGAUUGACAUUCGCCUGUUUGAUCGAGAGCACAACGAAGGUGUGGUCAGCGUGCCAGCGUUCCUGCUCAGCAGGAGAGCAGCCCGAUUGUUCUUGGAAGACCUGCCUAUGCCAAUUAUAUUCUCACUCAUAUUCUACUUCAUGGUAGGGUAUCGCGUGGAUGCAGGCCAGUUCUUCAUUUUCUGCCUCAUCUCGAUUCUCACGCACUAUAUCGCCGUGACAUUCGCUGCAGUUGCUGUUAGCAUAUCACGAAGCUUCCCCGGAGCAAGCCUGGUAGCUAAUCUAUGCUUCACGGUGCAAUCUUUCGCAUGUGGAUACUUUGUCCAGUCGAAUCAGAUCCCGGUUUACGUGAGGUGGUUGAAGUGGUGCGCAUACACAUUCUAUACAUUUGGUGCACUGUGCGCGAACGAGUUUGUCGGAUUCGACGACUCAGGAAGCGGUCAUCUUUACGAAUGUAAGUUUUCCAACGAUCCGCAAGAUCCAAGGUGCAGGCAAUUCACUGGCAGGUACAUUAUGGAAAGUCUUGGAUUUCCAUCAAAUUGGAUCUGGAGACCCAUCGUGGUACUUGUUGCGUUCGUUAUUGUCCACUACCUAUUUGCUGGGUUGUUGUUGCAAUACAACCGCUUUGCGAUUGAUAUUGCACAAGCACGACAGAAUGAGGGCGAUAAUUCGAAUGGGAAAUCAAAGACUGCUAUCCGACCAUCUGAGGAGGUUCGCAAGGUGGCGAUAUCACUGGAAGAAUAUGCGCUGGAGAUUCGAAAGAAGAAUUUCCCGUGGCAAUCUGCGCGGACUUUACAGGUUCUCAGACCCAUCACCACGCAUUUCCAGCCUGGCCAGUUGAAUGUUAUAAUGGGCCCAUCGGGGAGUGGCAAGACUUCGCUCCUGAACUCCAUUGCUCAUCGACUGAAAGGAUCGAUGGACACUCAGUACCGAAUCCACGGGGACAUAUUAUAUAACGGCGCUGUGCCCUCGAAAAGCGUCAUCCGGUCAGUCACAUCCUUCGUCACGCAAGAUGACGACGCCCUCAUGCCUUCUCUCACGGUGAGGGAGAGUCUACGGUUCGCGGCAGGCCUCCGUCUACCAGCCUGGAUGACACGGGAAGAGAAGAACCGACGAGCCGAAGAAAUCAUGUACAAGAUGGGACUGAAAGAAUGCGCGGACAACCUCAUCGGCAGCAACUUGAUAAAAGGUAUAAGCGGUGGCGAGAAAAGGCGCGUCUCAAUCGCUAUUCAAAUCUUGACAGACCCGAAAGUUCUUUUGCUGGACGAACCGACUUCGGGCCUGGAUGCGUUUACAGCACUGUCCAUCGUUGAACUUUUAAAAAGUCUUGCUGCUGAAGGUCGUACCCUGAUUCUAACACUUCAUCAAUCUCGCUCAGAUCUCUUCCCGCACUUCUCUGGGGUCCUUUUGCUAGCGCGUGGGGGGCACCCUGUUUACGCUGGGACAGGGGAUGCAAUGCUAGAUUAUUUUGCAGGACAAGGUCACGACUGUCCUCGAACGACUAACCCAGCAGACUUUGUACUGGAUCUCAUCACCAUCGAUCUCCAACAAGAGGACCGCGAGGCGAUCACACGCGAGCGUGUUCAAAAUCUCAUCGCUCACUGGCAAGCCGGAACCUUUGCACCAAAGCUAGAGCGCGAGGAGUCGCACAUCGCCACGCCUGCUGAACUAGGAAGCCUCAAGCGUCAAAUGCUACCAUUCCGCAUGACAUUCCCACUGGUGUUACAACGCUCAGUGAUAAAUCUGUGGCGGCAACCGCCACUGCUCAUGGCGCGUUUGAUGCAGGUUCCAGGAAUUGCGAUCAUCAUGGUAUUGUUCUUCGCACCAUUGCAGGACGACAAUGCAGCCGUGCAGUCGCGCAUGGGAUUCAUCCAAGAAUUCGCGGCACUGUAUUUCGUCGGAAUGCUUCAAAAUAUCGCCAUCUACCCCGGCGAACGAGAAGUCUUUUACCGCGAAGAAGAAGACAACUGCUACUCCACCUCGACCUUCUUACUUAGCUAUACAAUCAUCGAGAUCCCCUCUGAGAUCGUCGUAUCGCUGGCUUUUGGUGCUCUCGCCGCAUUUGCAGUCAAUCUGCAGCGCACAACGACCAUGUUCUUGAUCUGUGCUUUUAACUGUUUCUGUAUAAUCAGUUGCGGCGAGUCCGUGGGGAUAAUGUUCUGCACACUAUUCUCACAUGUCGGGUUCGCCGUCAACAUCACCUCCAUUCUAUUGUCGAUCUCCACCAUCCUCGGCGGCGUCAUGAGUCUAAACGUCCACCCUGUCCUACAAGCCCUCAACCACCUCUCGCCAAUCAAGUAUGUCAUUGCAAAUCUGGCGCCGUAUGCCAUGCACGGCCGGGAAUUCCAUUGUUCUGCCUCGCAGCUGGUCGACGGCCAUUGUCCAUAUACCUCUGGCGAGCAGGUCCUGGACACUUGGAACUUGAACAAAAGCGGGCCCAUGAAUGUGAUGGCUCUGGGUGUGUGCACGAUUGUCUACCGGCUAGUCGCCUAUGCACUCCUCAAGGCGAUGAGGUCACAUCAACUCAUGGAACGACGGAGGGAAAGACGACCCCAGAAAAGCAGCUGA